AUGGGACUGCUUCAAUCUGACACACAUCUGGAAGACACGCUUAAUGAAGCAGCGGCCUUUCAGAUGUUUUCUUCAUUGAGAACUCUCUUUGCAAUCUUGUUAGCCUAUUGUUCGCCAAGCAAUCCUAGAGUCAUCUGGGAAAAAUAUGAAGCUAAGAUGUCAAGGGAUUUUGAGAGAGUACCUGAUGGUUUCAUUCUCAGUCAUGAUGAGCGCCUCACAAGAGAAAUUUGGAGUGAGCUAAGGAUUCAGUUUACAGAGCAAGACUUGCUAUUGCCUUCAAAGCUAAAUAUAGGCCAAAGAUAUGCCUAUGACGUUAUUCUACAAGAGGUUUUCUCUUCUGGAAAUAGUAGUUUUUUUGUUGAUGGACCCGGCGGAACUAGUAAGACCUUUCUUUAUCGCUCUAUUCUAGCAACGCUUAGAUCCCAAGGGUUCAUAACAAUAGUUGUUGCAUCAUCUGGAGUAGCUGCAUCUAUUAUUCCAGGAGAGAUGACCGCACACUCAAGGUUUAAAAUUUCGUUGGACAUUUUUGCAAGUAAAGUCUGCCAUAUCAGCAAACAGAGCUCUGUUGCUAAGCUUAUUAUAAUGGCUAAAUUAAUUCUAUGGGAUGAAGUUUCUAUGGCCAAGAGGGACACUAUUGAAGUAUUUGACAGGUUGCUCAGAGAUGUAAUGGAUUCUAAUCUGCCUUUUGGCGGCAAAGUAGUAGUAUUUGGAGGAGACUUUCAUCAAACUUUACCUGUUAUUCAGAAUGCAACAAAGGAUCAGCAGAUAGAAGCCAGCUCUGUCAACUCACCUUUAUGGAGUACUCUUCGGAAGUUAAUCUUAACUGAAAACAUGAGAGAUAUCUCUGAUAGCCACUGCUCUGAUUUCCUGCUUAGGAUAGGCGAAGGUUGUAAACAAAAAGACGAAGAUGGAAAAAUAACUCUAUCAAAGGAUAUAUCAAUCCCGUUUGAUAACAAAGUAGAUUCACUAAACAGGUUAAUGGAUUUUGGAUUUUUGGAUUUGAGCGUGUAUUCAUCUGAUCCAUACCAGAUCACAAACAGAUGUAUUCUUACUUCAAAGAAUACAUGUGUCGAUGAUAUAAAUGAGAUGAUAAUUGAUCGCUUUCCUGGACAACCUUUUGUGUAA